AUGAGGCGGGGGCCGAGGAGGAGCGGAGGUGGUGGGAGGUCAAGCAAGCGGGACAUUUGGCUACUGGAAACUUCCGGCAAAGCAACCCUGAACGCCAGGCAAGCAUGCAGCAUUGAAUCGGCCGCCAUCCACAAUUCAGAAUUUACUGUUCGUCUGCUGUCAACCGGAAAUAUAGGCGACGGUGGCUGCCCCUACUACAGCGUACUGCUAGAUUUACCAAAUUUUAUCUGGGCCCAAGUCAACGUGAAGGCUGAAUUAGCCGGUACCCCACUUGAAAAGUUGCACGUCAAUGUUUCCAAAUCGCCCUACGCCGUGAUGCACCUCAGCGAUUUCCUGCGGUACGUGUUGUUGUGGAAGCGAGGCGGUGUCUACCUUGACACCGACACCAUCGUGACUAAACCACUGGCUGGCAUAAGAAACAGUGUCGUGUACGCAAACGACGCGAGAAGUGGUGUCUGCAAUGCGUUCCUGUUCUUCGACGCGAACCAUGCUGUGCUCGACGCGUUCAUCAACUGGUGUGCUCGCACGUACGCGCCUGAUGUUUUCACCACGUGUGGCCGGGCGAUCACGUCGAAGCUGCUCAAUGACACCAAGCUUUCUCGCCUCGUCACCUUCUUGCACAAGUCAACGUUCGCUGCCAUACGUUACCGGAACUGGAAGGCGUUGUUCUCGCCCAACAGGACGAUGCGGGUGCUCCGGGCGACAAAAAGGAGCUACGGCGUUCACUUCUGGAACUUCCUGAGCAAGAGUACGCCUAUUGUUCCAGGGUCCGGUUGCGCUAUGGACUUUCUCGCCGAAGCCCACUGUCCCCGAGUGUACGAGGUAGCGUCACAGCGGCCGUACUUCUAGACGACGCGAAACACGGACUUGGUGUUUAUCUCAUUGAGAGCUGCAGGCACGUGCCAGCAGUGCAUACUGCAAACGAAAACUUAGCCGUUAUUGUUCUGCCUUAGCAGUGGCAGUGACCAAUAUGAAUGUGAAGACACGCCUUUAUCAUUCA